ACGAGGUAACCGGGAAUCUGAAAAAUUUGAUGAUCUUCAACUAAUAUGGGCACAAUACUCUUUCACUGAGUUAACCCUUAAAAGGAAUAAAUGGGAUUCAACUAUAUGGGAUCGUUUAAUUCUUGAAACGUUAUUUACUUCCUGGACUGCCAUGGAUUUACUAGAUUAUGAUGAGGGGAGCGAGUGUGAUUUAUUUUCAGAUUUUUGUGAAACAUUGGGUCUAGAAGAUGUAUUCGAAAACGAGGAAGAGAUGAAUCAGCAGAUUACGUUCGAUGAUGAAGAGAGAUUAAUAGAAUCUCUUUUACCGAAUCAUGGAAUAACGAUUUAUUCACCCCAAAAGCAUCAAGAUCUGCCUACUCUUGGUAAUCUUAAAUGGAAUUUGUCGUCUGAUCGCCUCGGAGAAUUUUCAGCAGCCCUAGUAUAUUGCAAUAAAAAAAGAGAUCUUUAUCUUUUAGAGAAUAAUAUAGAGUUACCGGAAACUCAAGAGAUACCAAUUGAAUGGAUCAAGUUUAUUAGCAACAAUGCAAAUUCGGAA